AUGGAAUACUCUUUCUUGUCUCCUCAGAUGUCUGUCUCUGAGUCCAUCAUAGGUGGAAACCAGACCCUCUGCACCAAAUUCACACUUGUGGCCUUUUCCUCUCUAGCAGAAUUACAGGUUUUGCUUUUUGCUAUGUUCUUAAUUAUAUACGUAUUUACAGUGGGAGGAAAUGCCAUCAUAAUCUGCCUGAUCUGGGUCACUCCUUCCCUGCACACUCCCAUGUAUUUCUUCCUGGUGAAUCUCUCCUUUCUGGAAAUGUGUUACAUCAGCAAUGUGGUGCCUCAAAUGAUGGCACAUCUGCUGGUAGAGAACAAGACCAUUAGUUUAGCAGGCUGUGCCGCUCAGAUGUAUUUAUUCACUAUAUUGGGACUGACAGAAUGUUGUCUGCUAGCAGCCAUGGCUUAUGAUCGUUUUGUAGCCAUUUGUUACCCACUGCAUUAUAAUCUCUUGAUGGGUCCUAGGGUAUGCAUAAAACUGGCUGUGUCAUGUUGGGCCAUUGGAUUGGUGGUAGAGUCAGCCCAAACUACUUGGAUCUUCACUCUGCCUUUCUGUGGAACAGGACAGAUUCAGCACUUUUUUUGUGAUGUCAUACCUGUGGUGAAACUGGCUUGUGUUGAUACGUCUUAUAAUGAGAUUGUCUUGUUUGUUGUCUCUGUUCUAUUCAUCAUGAAUCCAUGUCUUCUUAUUUUAUUCUCCUAUAUCCGAAUUUUUAUUGCCAUCUUGAGGAUCCCCUCCGCAGCUGGCAGAGGCAAAGCAUUCUCCACUUGUUCUUCCCAUAUCCUGGUUGUCUCUCUGUUCUAUGGAACUGCCUUAUUCACUUAUCUCCAGCCUAAGAGUACCCACACUCCAGCAACAGACAAAGCAGCUGCCCUCAUGUACACAGUGUUCACUCCUGCUUUGAAUCCUGUCAUCUAUACCUUGAGGAACAAGGAAGUGAAAGAAGCCUUUCUCAGAUUAAUACAGAAGAAACCUCUUUGA